CCCCCGCUCUCCGCCCGGCGCGGCCGGGCCCGGCCCGUUCGCAGCCCCGCGGCCCGGCGGGCAUGGAGCGGCUGCAGGUGGACGCGCAGGCCCUGGAGGAGUACGCGGAGUACCGGCGAAUUGUAGGUGAUGAUGAUGGAGGAAAGCUCUUUACUCCUGAGGAAUAUGAGGAGUACAAAAGAAAAGUAUUACCAGCUCGGCUACAGAACAGGCUGUAUGUGAGCUGGAGAUCACCAACUGGCAUGGACUGUAAGCUUGUGGGACCAGAGACACUGUGCUUUUGCACCCACCGGUAUAAACAGCACCAAACGGACUACGAGGCGCUUCCCCAGGAGCGCCCCAUCAGCGUGCCCUGCAGGGUGAGGCGCUGCCCGUGCCAGUCCUUCCGCGUCGUGCCCCUGAACGGCACGCAGCCCGUCCGCUGCCGCUGCAAGCACUUCCCCGAGCAGCACAGCGCUGCGCCCGGCCUUCCCUGCAACUCCUGUUCCAAGUGCUCAGGCUUUCAUAGCAGCUUUACCUGUGCAUGUGGUCAGCCAGCUUACGCUCACGAAACCGUUGUGGAAACCAAAGAGGAGCGCUUGGCCCAAGGAAAGCCCGUGGGGCAGGAUGUUCCUUACGCUGCCAUGGGAGGACUGACUGGUUUCAGCUCACUAGCAGAGGGUUACAUGAGGCUUGAUGACAGUGGAAUAGGUGCUCCCUCUGCUGAACUUUUAGAAGCCCCCAUUACUAGCAUGGAUCAUCCAUUUCUGAAAGCAUUUCAGGGACCUUCGAGUUCCGUUCAAACCACGCCACAAAUAGCAGGUAGUUCAAGUGCCACAGGACAAGUUUCUCAUGGAAAACAAUCAGAAGCUGAUGACAUGGCUUACUUUGAAAAACGCUAUCAAGAACGGCUGAAAAUGGAGAAGGCUGCUAAACGGAAAGAGAGGAGUCCAGUGCUGUCAAAGAAGCCAUGAAAUUAAUAAAUAAAUAUUUAUUAUUUGGCACAUUUUUCAUUAGUGCAUUGAGUAUUUUUCUCUGUAUGCCUAUCUGUAUUUAUUAAUUUAUUUAUUAUGUUCUUUUGUUCCUUUGCUGAAAUUAAUUUUCAAUUAUCUCAUUGUAAUAAAAUUGGUUCUUUAAUGAAUGUGUUUCUAAUCUCCAGAACUGUUAUUACACAGAUAUUUCUUUGAAAAUGGAGAAGCAUAUUUAGAGACUUGCAGGUCUGAGGGUUAAGCUCUGAGAGUUUAAGGUCUGAAAGAAUAACUUUGUAUUCAAGUAUUAGGUUGUAGGAGGGCAAAGAAAAUAUAUGUGUUAUACUUAGACUUUUAUGAUACAUCUUCUUUAUUUGUAGAGUCCUUUAAAUGCAUCUUGGUUAUGGAUGUUAUGUGGUGAGAUUUGUUCUGUUUAUAUUGACAUUUUAAUAUUUUCUUUAAAUCUUUUUCCCUUUUCUGUUGAUUUCAUCUCCUAGACAUAAAAUUCAAACAUGGCCUUUUUCUCUCACACUUCUGUAGGCUCCGUUCUUGCCAUCAUAUAAUUUUUUUUUUUUAAAUAUGACAUUCUGUACACUUGCAAACCCACUUCCACACUUAUGAGCUACUUGAAGGGAUCUUGCUUGCAUACUUUAUCCCAGAUUUCUCUGGUGGUAUUCUCCCAAUUCUGUUUGUCUGUUACUGUCAUAACAAUUAUUAUACUAAAAUACUGAAAACCCUAAGUGGAAAUGGUUAUGUUAUUUAUAGCAUGUAAAGCAAUAAUUGCAUGCUGUUUGGUACAAACUUAUUUAUCCCAGAGAUUCAUCAUGUCUAGUCCAACACAGACUGAAUCACCUCAGGGAGAUGUGCUUCUGUAUUCUUUGUCCAUAUUCACAGCUGUGCCAACAUAUGUUGUAUUAAAGGUAGUGGACAGGAAAAUACGAAAUUUAGUGAAUAUGUGGUGGUUUAAUUCUGCAAAGCAGCACAGCACUAACUUGGUACAGAAUAACUGGCAGAGAGUGCAGCUUAGGAGGCAAAGGCAGAGCCUGAGUUAACUGAUCCUGCUUUGAGAACAGAGAGGUGUACGUCAGUUUUUUCUUAAAAAUACCUGUAGGUGUCUCUUGGACUGGAGGCUUUACAGGAGAUGUGUGUACUGAAGCUUUACAGCAAGAAUUGGGAGAAGCCUACAAAGCUUUGUUUCCCAUUGGAGGGAAUGCCUCCAUGUGCCUGAUGGGCAAAGGAAAAGAGGUGAGUUUGAAGGCAUUUACUGCAGAGCAGCUUGGGUUUUGUUCAGAUGUCACCUGUGGUGUGAAGGUUCAGUUUUAAGAGAGCCUUUUACAUUUAACUCUGACCUAUACUGCCAUUAUUACAGAUGCCAAUCAGAGAGGCUAACCUGUCACUUUAAUUUAAAUGCAUAAUGCAUUGAAGUGUCUAAUGAAUGUUUUAAAAGUACCUUUACUGUUAAAUUCUGCAGUUGCGAGCUGCUUUAGCCUAAUAAAUGAAAAUACUAAUUGGAACUCCCUCUUCUGGCCCUAGCCAGCAAUCCAUUCUGCACAUCUUGGUCUUGAAAAUAAAUGGGGUUUUCACAAUGUAGCCACAAGAAACCAACAAGUACAAAUAACAUUCACAAAGAAAAGUUAAAAAAAACCACAGAAAAAGUGUUUCAAUUUUUCAAAGAGAUUAUUGCAAACUUAGUAAUGGAAGUUUACUCUAGUUUCCUGUUUAUCCCUGUUACUACACCCAUUGGGGAAUGCAGUUCUGGAAAUAUUUGUGUGUGUGUUUUGCAGAAGUGAGCUUUCUCCCAGCAAAAUAUUUCUAAAGAGAGAGGUUACAAAUAGUUACAAAAACUUUUAUUUUGUGUUCUUUUUGAUACUGAGAGCAUACAUUCUAGGAAAUUAUUAUUGCUUUACAUUUUGAGUUGACAAUAUUUGUCUGUUUUAAAUUCUG